UGCGCCGAUUUGCCGGGCCGACCAAUCGCUGGGCCUGGACUGCUCGGACAAGGGGCGGGGCAAUCGUUUGUCUCCGGAAGAGUGCCGGAAGCGAGGUGGUGUCGCUGUGGUGGAGAAUGAGGACUCGCCGUCCAAGUUAGCUCGCCGCUAUCUUGCCUUCGACUGGGUGUAAUGAGCUUAGCCGUCGACAUCGGCGGAUCGUUCCACUCGUUUUGUUAUUGAGGCGCCAUGACGAUAAGCCGCUGACCGCCGAGGAUGGGCACAAGCGAACAAUGACGGGGGAGAAAAAGAAGAAGAAGCGGCUCAACCGCAGCAUUCUUCUGGCCAAGAAAAUUAUCAUAAAAGAUGGAGGAAGUCCUCAGGGAAUCGGCGAGCCCAGUGUUUACCACGCCGUGGUGGUCAUCUUCCUGGAGUUUUUUGCGUGGGGUCUGCUCACCACCCCCAUGCUCACGGUAUUGCACCAGACAUUCCCCCGCCACACAUUCCUGAUGAAUGGCCUCAUCCAUGGCGUCAAGGGUCUGUUGUCAUUUCUCAGCGCGCCGCUCAUCGGGGCCUUGUCGGACGUUUGGGGUCGUAAGUCCUUCCUGCUGCUCACUGUCUUCUUCACAUGCGCCCCCAUCCCGCUGAUGAAGAUCAGCCCUUGGUGGUACUUUGCCGUCAUUUCCAUGUCAGGCGUCUUCGCCGUCACCUUCUCUGUCAUCUUUGCGUAUGUGGCCGACAUCACGCAGGAACACGAGAGGAGCACGGCGUACGGCUUGGUGUCAGCCACAUUCGCCGCGAGCCUGGUCACCAGCCCGGCCAUCGGCGCCUACCUGUCGGUGGCCUACGGGGACACCCUGGUGGUGAUCCUGGCCACGGCCAUUGCGCUGCUGGACAUCUGCUUCAUCCUGGUAGCCGUGCCCGAGUCGCUUCCGGAGAAAAUGCGCCCGGCGUCGUGGGGCGCGCCCAUCUCAUGGGAACAGGCCGAUCCUUUCGCCUCUCUACGCAAAGUGGGCCAGGACUCGACGGUGCUGCUCAUCUGCAUCACAGUGUUUCUCUCCUACCUCCCCGAGGCGGGCCAGUACUCAAGCUUCUUCCUCUAUCUCAGACAGGUCAUCCGCUUCUCAUCGGAGACUGUGGCCGCCUUCAUCGCCGUAGUGGGGAUCCUCUCCAUAUUAGCUCAGACUGUGGUGCUGGGCAUCCUGAUGCGCUCCAUCGGGAACAAGAACACCAUCCUGCUGGGCCUCGGCUUUCAGAUCCUGCAGCUGGCCUGGUAUGGCUUCGGCUCGCAGCCCUGGAUGAUGUGGGCCGCUGGCGCCGUCGCAGCCAUGUCAAGCAUCACGUUCCCCGCUAUCAGCGCUAUUGUGUCUCGGAACGCCGACCCAGACCAACAAGGCGUGGUCCAGGGCAUGAUCACGGGCAUCCGGGGCCUGUGCAACGGCCUGGGCCCGGCGCUCUACGGCUUCGUCUUCUACCUUUUCCACGUGGAGCUGACCGACGCGGACGUCUCGGAGAAAGGCGGAAAGCCCAACAUGGCCAACCCAACGGAUGAGAGCGCCAUCAUCCCAGGGCCUCCCUUCCUCUUUGGCGCUUGCUCAGUGCUGCUCUCCCUGCUGGUGGCGCUGUUCAUCCCCGAGCACACGGGGCCCGGCGCUCGCCCGGGCGCCUACAAGAAGCACAGCAACGGGGCUCAGAGCCACUCGCACAGUCCGCAGGGCAGCGGGGCCGAGGGGAAAGAACCUCUGCUGGACGACAGCAGCGUAUAACCUCGAACCACAUUUUGAACUUUUUGUGUGUGUGUGUGUGAGGGGUGGUGGUGGGGUUUCAAUCUGUUACCUGUAACUCGUCACAUGCUGCCAGUCGGGGAGGGGGGUGGGGUGGGGGACAAACUUUACCGGGGAUCCGGGAACGCAAACCACUGUAGAAACCACUCGGAUCAGCUUCAAGCUCUCUUCCUUCUUUUUCGUCAUCACUGCUUACCAGGGUCGCAAACGGCUGGAAAAUUCCCGGUGAACUUUCCGUGGGGUGUUUAGAUGGGGAAUUAUGGAAGUGAUAAGCAUAAAUUGCGUUUAGUUUUGUCAAAAGACAUCAAUGCCAUAAAAGGGAUAUUCUAUACAAUUAACGAAAAAAAAUGGAUUUCAACAGGGCGGCACCACGGAGAAGCUGGUAAAUUGUUGGCCUCACAGUUCCGAGGUCCCGGGCUCAAUCCCGCACCCACCUGUGUGGAGUUUUCAUGUUCUCCCCUUUCCUGCGUGGGUUUUCUCCAUCCAGGUCACUCCGGUUUCCUCCCACAUCCCGAAAAACACGCGACAUUAAUUGGACACUAAAUUGCCCCUCGGUGUGAUUGUGAAUGUGAUUGGUUGUUUGUCUUGAUGUUCCCCGUGAUUGGCUGGCGACCAGUUCAUGGUGUACCCCGCCUCUUGCACGUCGACAGCUGGGAUAGGCUCCAGCACUCUCCGCGACCCUCGUGAGGAUAAGCGGCGAAGAAAGUGGAUGGAUAUUUCAACAGAUAACUUUUGAGUUAUUGAAUCAGCCAAAUUUUCACAGAAGAGCAAAAAAUGUGAACGUGGUCUUGUCCUCAAAUCCAUUCCAAAUGUAACGAAAUCCACACCAAGUACCAAAAGUCCCAUUUGAUAAAACAUGAAAAUGAAAACUCAUCUUUCCAACUUUUUAAGCUUCGCCUUAAAGCGUUUCAUGCCACGCGGUUUAUUCAACAUGACUUCGCUUUAGCCGGGAUGCUCAAAUAUCAUUUCCCCAACCAUAUUUACGAUCCCUACUAAGUGGCGGCCAUCAUUGUGUGUCAAUUUUUUAUCAAUUCCCCGUGGAAGGUUUUUGCAAUUUCCCUCAUUUUGCAGCCUUGCUGUUGCCAUUCAUUCUCAUCACACGCACACGCCGACUGUACAAUUUGUUGUUUUCUCCACUUUUUUUGUUUUUGUUUUUUUAAAUUCCACAAACGUUGCCUUGAAGUGACUUCGGAUAAAUAUAGUAUAUAGAUUUCUAUGGAUAUUACGUAACCUGUAUGACGACCGCGGUCUGACAAGGCGCUGUAAUCUGAUCAUAUCGCUCCCAUCGGAGCCCCCAAAACAUGUUUUUGUUUUUGUUUUUUUUUACCCUCACUUCCUGCUUGCCAUCUUUCAUUUCCCUGAUUUCUCACUUUUACCCCGUGUACCUGAAUUUGCCCCACUUCCUCAAUUCCACCCCCCAACUUCCUUGUCUUUUAAUUUCGACUUCCUCCUCCUAUGGCAUCUCACAUUCCCCCCCCCCCCCCAUCUUGUUGCCUUUCAUUUUGAUCUCGCCCCACUUCAUCCCUCCCGUCUCAAUUUCGCACCUCAAUUUCCAACUACGUCCUUCCUCGUCUCCAUCACAGGUUAUAUUUUGUGCAUAUCGGCUCAAUGCACAUUAAAAUUUUGUCUUAUUGCUAUAUAUAUGGACAUAUACUGUAAACUCCUCCCCGGCCUGAAAAAAAUGGACUGUGGACCUCUUUUUAGGCCCACAAUUCCCAGAUUGGGAACCGUCGCUCUCAAACUCGACUCAGUUAAGCGUGAUGUCACUCAAAUGUGUUAAAAAAAAUGUGUCACAGGCUAUUGUUGCUUCUUUUAAGUUAUCAUAUUUCUUGCGGCGGCAUUUUCUCUCCAGCUUCAUUAACCUCUAUUGUUUUUGUGUCAGUGUAAAAGUUUCAAGUGCAUUUCAAAGUCACUCGCCAGCCAUGUUUGACAUUUGUGCCAAUUUUAUUUUUUGCUUUUUUGUUUUGUCUUAAUUUGUUUGCUGCUGAUGUAAGACUUUUUUUUAAAUCUCUAUAAAUAUGUAUAGCCUUUUAAAAAAAUGUUUUGUUUUUUUUUAGUAAUGAUUGAAAAAAAUCAGACAUCUAUUUCCUUUCACAUGACAAGCAUUUCACUUUGGUUGGUGACAUUUUUGUUUUAAACGCACAUUAUUCUUCUUCGGGUCCACGUUCUAAGAUGAACUGUGCAGCGGGGGGAGGGGCAUUCUAUGGACCCCCAGUUUGUUGCAGCCCGCUAUAUAAUAUUUUUUUCACUUUUUUUAAGCAUAACUAAAAGGGGAUGUUAGAAGACGGUAAUUUAGUUUUAUUUAUCAUAUACUGGACUAAAAUGUAUAUUCGGCGCUACACAGUGUAAAUUGUUCAGCCUGAGCAGACUGUAUAAGUGACCUAAAAAUUAUUUUGGAAUCCCCCCCCCCUCCCCCCUUUUUUUUUUUUCUUCUUUCUCAGUAUGGGUGGUUCUGAUUGCACAUUUGAACGUACGACAAAGAAAUGGAAUAUGAAAACUCACCCCCCCCCCCGCCCCUCCCUCUUUCUCUGUGUGCCUAAAAUUAGCCAAGAAAACGAGUAAUGGCGACAUUUAAAGUCGAGGUGGUUAUGAUGUAAAUAUGGGAAACUAAUGAAGCUAUUUAUUAAAGGUUUAUUGUACAA